CCGGCCUUUGACUGCUGCUGCCGCCGCCGUUGUCUGUGCGAAACGUCACGCAGGCCGCUAGCCGAGCGCAGCCCGAGCUCCGCUGCCACCGACAUGUCUGAUGAGCAGGAUUCCCCGAGGGGGGAUGAGGAGAAAGGAGAGGAGCCGGUGGCGUGUGCCCUCCUCCCCAGGAGCGCGUUCUCGCUGGCGCGGGCCGGGGAGCUGGACCCCCUGAAGCUGGAGGCGGCGCUGGCGGCCGAGGGCUUCUCGGACUGCUGCUCCGAGGACUGCUCCGACCACCUGAGCUGCGCGGCCGCCCACAUCGACCCCAACCUCCUGCUGCUCGUGGCCGACGAGGAGAAAUGCCGCAACAUCCGCAGGCAGUACCGGCAGCUCAUCUACAACGUCCAGCAGAACCGGGAGGACAUCGUGAACACGUCCAGCGACUCCCUGACCGAGGCGCUGGAGGAGGCCAACGUCCUGUUCGAUGGCGUGAGCCGCACCAGGGAGGCGGCGCUCGACGCCCAGUUUCUCGUCCUGGCCUCCGAUCUGGGCAAAGAGAAGGCCAAGCAGCUCAACUCGGAUAUGAGCUUCUUUAAUCAGGUAGCAUUCUGUGAUUUUCUGUUUAUCUUUGUGGGUCUGAACUGGAUGGAAGACGACGACCGCGAAGCGCUGAAUGGCUGUGAUGACAACAUAGUCCUCUCCUUCUGGGAGACGGUGCACCGGGAAGCCACCGCCUGGACAUCGCGCGCCGAAACCUUCCACUUUCUCUUUGGUUCUUUCAACUCCGAGUCUUCUGCCCCGAAGCGACGACCUGGGCCCCAUAAAAAGGCCCUCAGGGUGGAAGAAAAUGUGGAUAUGCCCACCAAGCUCAGGAGGCUGGACCUGAGCAGCAAUCAAGAAGGGACAGAAAAGGAAGUGGAAAGAAUCUUGGGGCUGUUGCAGACGUAUUUCCGAAAGUACCCUGACACUCCUGUGUCCUAUUUUGAGUUUGUGAUUGAUCCAAACUCUUUUUCUCGCACCGUGGAGAAUAUAUUCUACGUCUCUUUCAUUAUAAGGGAUGGCUUUGCGAGAAUAAGGCUUGAUCAAGACAGGCUGCCGAUAUUAGAGCCAAUUAAUGUUAACCAAGCGGGUGAGGAAAAUGACCCCAGUUACCAUGGCAGGAAACAAGGAGUUAUAUCUUUGAGUCUCCAGGACUGGAAGAAUAUUGUGGCGACUUUUGAAAUUUCAGAGGCUAUGAUCACAAGCUCUUACUGAAUGUUUUUGUCUUAGUAUAGGAUGCAUUUUGUGGCUUUUCUAAAGCAUCAUCUCAGAGUGUAAAACCUAAAUAGAAGCCCAUAUUGUAUCUUAUAAAGUGAGAAAAUAUUUUCAAGAUCAGAAUUUGUCUUACUGUGCAGUGUAUUUUUCUUGGUCGAUUAUAAAGUUGUCAUGAUCUUUUCUGUUAUUUAAAAACAAUCACUGGCAUGUUCAUGGAAAUUGUUUUGAAUGUCCUUUAAGACUUUACUAAUAAAAUUCAGCUCCAAGUUCCACAAAUUAAGAGGUAUUUUAUAAUUUGCAAAAAAAACAUCAGUUAUGCUGUGUGAUAUUGUAUCCCUCUGUUCCAGGGAACCAAGAGAAUCCCAUAUGGGACUCCUAAUCAGGUUGGGGGGAAAGUGGGUUAAAAAAUGCUGAAUUAAAGAAACACCGCCUAAGGGCAAUGAAUGUGCAAUGCUAUCAUUGUAAAAACAAACAAAAACA